AUUAUACCCGAAUUAGAUCCAAAAUGAGGUUAAAAAAUACGUACCAGCAACGAACGAAGCUUGGUUGAGGAAUCAUAAAGUGAAUCUAAGCAAUAUACGAGAGAAUUAUCAUAGAGAACGUUUGUUAGAAAGGUAAAAGAUCAAAAUUGAUCAAUCUAGGCAACACAUUGGACUCUGAAAUGUAGAUCUACUGCUACCACACAGACAUGGAGAAAUUCCACUGACAAGUGUUGAACAGAUUAAACAUGCAUACAAAUAUGACGCUUAUAUUUCCGAAGCCAAACGGAUCCUAUUCGCCAACCAUAGUAUCAUAUCAUAUGUAUAUAUGGACUUGAUAGUUGAUAUGCUACUAUGUUUCGCUUAUCUGGUCGAAAUGAAACAAGAGGCUGAUAUUGAGAUAAAACCUUCUUGGAUGUAUAAAUGGCGGGCAUAUGAUUUAUGGAUAAUUUGUGUAAUAUUGAGCUUCUGGAAUCUAGGCUCUUUUAUAAUACGCAUUUUUUUGACCGGAAGACCAUUCUAUGUUUUACGAAGUUUCAGAUCAUUUAUCGAGCUAUUUACAACUUACCCCUUCAUACUAUCUCUAUUUAUCAGGCAUGGAAGGUUUCUAUAUGUGCCUUAUUUUCUUAGAAGUUGGGUAUUAUUAUUGAGGAUCAAAAGCGUCCUUAAGAUCAAAACGAAUCUUUUAAUGACAGAUAAGCCAGUUGAUCCCCUAAAGUCUAAGUUAGUCCAUUUGAUCGGAACAUUGGUUGCACUACUUUACAAUGGAAUGUCAGCUUUCCAAUAUUGUGAAAGGACCUUUGGAAACAUUGUAUAUUCCAUUUUAGAUUCUUUGUACGUAGUAAUGGUUACGUUGUCAACAGUUGGAUAUGGCGAUAUCACACCACACACUGAAGGAAGUAGGGUUGUAAUGAUGAUGCUUAUUGUCAUAUCCUUGGCUGUAUUACCCACAUUAUUGGCUGAUGUGUUGAACACGUUCCGAAAAAGAAAUGAUUGGGGCGGUUAUGUAUCAGUAUCGUCUAUGCCCUUCAUUUUGAUUGUAGGAUCUUUUCGCCCUGAACAAGUCACUGAAAUUUUAGAUGGAUUUUUGAAUGUAGAAAACACGCAGCCACAUUUAAAUGUAGUGUUUCUUGACAUAAAUCGGCCGAACGAAGAGUUGAAAUUCUUAGAACGCAAUUCGAUGUGGGGGCAUAGAAUACAAUUUAUUCAUGGAACAGUCCUGGACGAGCAAACUUUGAAAAGAGUGCGAGCUAGAUCAGCAACGGCUAUUUUCACAUUAUCAGACCAACAUGCUCUCGACCCGCAAAAAGAGGAUGAAAGGAAUACAGUUCGUCUCUGGGCUCUAUACUGCUAUACGGUUAGUCAUAAUAUUGAUAUUUACACUUACAAUUUAUCACCAUCUACAGCUAUCUAUCAAAAAAUGGCGAAAGAAAUCAUCUGUGUACGAGAGUUUAAGCAAUAUUUGUUAGCCAUGAAUUGUCGUUGUCGAGGUGCUUCCACUUUGUUAACUAACUUACUGCACCAGCGACGCCCUAUGGAUCACUAUGAUGAAUCCUGGCAAGCACAGUAUGACGAUGGGUCUUGUAACGAAAUAUACAUGGACAAACCACCAGAUGCACUUGUCAAUUUGCCUUUUAAUGAAGCCGCUUGGAUUGUGUACUCAGAAUGUCAAGUUAUACUCUUCGGUAUCAAAAUGCAAGUAUUUGGUUGUGAGCAUCGUGAGAUACUUUUGAAUCCGGAAGACAAAUAUACUAUAAGGGAGGCUGAUUUAUGCAUCUAUAUGUGUGAGAGUUCUAAAGAAGUCAAAGAUGUGAAUAGUUUGUCGCAUACUUACGUGAGGGAUAAGUUGGAAAAGAUGAGAGUACGCCGGCAGAGUGGCCAUUUGCGGAGACGUUUAUCUGAAAUCUCACAUCCUGGUCAUUCAAGCUCUUCCUCUUUCCGAAACGAACUUUAUAUGACCAAAAAUGAAUCACAUACAUUAGAAAGCGCGUCUGCUGGAUUGAGCACGUACAUCAGCAGUCAACAACAACUUCAGCAGGCAGAAACCAAAACCUCCUCAUCUCAUCACCCUUCGCCCACUUUAAGUGCAGAAAGUCUUCAUCAUACAAAAUCGGUUGAUUCUGCGCGUUCAACAUCAAAAAAUAGUAUCAAUACUCGACUGCAGCACGAUUUUGAAUUAUCAAAGCUGCCUACGUCACGUAUGGCUUUACUCAGUGGUAGCCGAGAGUUAAUUAGUAGGCUUGGAAGAUUACAUAUGAAUCCUGAUCAAGAUUUAGACACGCUUCCUGUUUGCUAUCUAUUAAAAAGGCCAGCCACUUUACGAGAACUAACAAUUGAGUCUACAGAAAGUAUGAAUGGGCAUAUUCUCGUUUGCAUGCAUCAUAAAGUAUCCAACAUUUUCAAAUUCAUUUACAAUUUACGAACCCCACAGUUGAAUCCAAACAAUUUGCAAGACAUUGUAUUUCUUUGUACUUCUUUACCAAACAACAAGACUUUUGAGUUGAUAUCACGAUUUCCAAAAGUCUAUUUCAUGGCUGGUAAUUGCCAAAAUCCUGAAGAUCUAAUCAAAGCAGGUGUUAUGCGAGCAAAACAAGUGGUAGUUAUGAGCGAAAGAGAAUGUCUGGAUCAAUACCAACGGACUUCCGAUAGUCCCGCUAUUAUGACAAGCCAUCUACUGGACUUAAUACUGCAAGAAAAGAAACCAAAUGACGUCUCACGUAUCGUCAAUCUAGUGGAAAAAUCCAACAUUCGUUUCAUGCAUCUACUUCAAGGUAAAGAUGUAGCAGAAGAAGUGGAUGUGUUUUAUACGCCUGCUUAUGCGGCCGGCAAUGUCGUGGUUGACAGCUUAUUGAGCAAUGUGCUUUUGAGUCAAACUUACUACAAACCAGGUAUUGUGUCUGUUAUCAAAGCGCUUAGUGGUAUGCCUGAGCCACUAUAUGAUCAAGAUACGGCAGCACAUCAUCAUCAGCAAUCAUACCAACAAGCCAGUGGGCUGAAUAGCAGCGCUAGUAGACUAGGUUCAUUUAAACAAAACUCUAAACACCUGAUGUUAUUAUCACUACCGCAUUGCUUCAUCAAUAAGAGCUUCUCAUACUUAUUCGAGGAGCUAAUUAUGGACCAUGAUGUUCUUCCCUUAGGAAUUCUCAGAGCACCUGAUGAACAAAUGGGGAAUGAACUACCCUUUGUGUACACAAACCCCGUCCCUUCUCUAAUUAUGAAAAAGACAGACAAGGUCUAUGUAUUAGCUUCCGCGGGGUGGAGCUUCUAUUCAUAAGCAGAAUAGUUGAAGGUACUAUGUUACUAUAAAAACUGUAAUAAUAAAUUGUAUAUAGAUAAAUGAAUUACUAAGCGAAUAACACAUCAUUAUCUGAAAGAAUAGAAUAUAAAAUUACAACGUUAUGUUUCUUCUUUGAUGUAUAAAUUGUAGUUUUUUUUAUACACAGUCAUCAUGUCUUAAUAA